AGCUCAGAGUGGAUUUUACAUUUUUAAGUAGUUGGAAAACUUUAAACAAAUUUUCUGCAGCUCAUGAAAGUCUAUAUGAUUCAGAUAUCAGUGUUUCAACAAGUAAGAUUUUAUUGGAGCACAGCCAUGUUUCCAUAGUGUUGGGCUGCUUUCUUGCUACUCUGGCACUUAUGAAAGAGAGCCUAUGGCCCACGACUCCUAAUAUAUUUACCAUCGGGCCCUCUAGGAAGGAAAUUUGCUGACCUCUGCUAUCUGUUCUGCUAAUAAGGAUUCGAUUUGGGCAACCAGUAGGGGUAUCCGAUUAGUGGGACUUGGCAGCUAGACACCCAGGGGCUGGGAAAGGUCUGGGUCAGACAGAAAGAGGUUUAGGGAGAGGGUGACAGUAAGGAUAGGCGAAGAAGUUCAGAUUUCUGAGGGAGGAUCUAACUUGGGGACAUGGAAGCAUUACAAUAUGUCCCAUCCUUUUUAUUUUUUUAUUUUUAAAUUUAUUAUUAUUAUUAUUUUUUUAAUGGAGGUGCCAGGGAUUGAACCCAGGACCUCAUGCAUGCUAAGCAUGCGCUCUAUCACUGAGCUAUACCCUCCCCCAACCCCAUCCUCUUUAAAGUUAGAAUUUAAAAAUUCUUUUGAAUAGGUCAUACAAAUUCAAAACAGAUACAACUUCAAACAGAAUUCAAAAGAUACAAAAAGGUAGGUAGCCAAAAGUCUCCACCCCAGAUCCUUCAUGGACUGAAUGGCCCGUGUGCAUGUGUGGUGUUCAUGGUUACCGUGCAGCUGCCCCUCUAUGAGGGAUCUGAGAGGUGGUGAAUCUGUUCAUGUGUUCAGUGAUCAUCUUACCUGCCCUCCACCUGUCUGUCUACAUCAGUGGUUCUCAAUCAGAUGUGAUUUGGGGGGAUAUUUUGCAAUAUAUGGAGAAAUUUUUCUUUUUCCCUUAAUGGAGGUAGUGGGGAUUGAACUCAGGACUUGUCUGUGCCAGGCACGUGCUCUAUCACUGAGCUCUACCCUCCACCCCCUGUUUUUUUCAAAUGGCUUUAUUGGAAUUGUAAUUCUCCUACCAGACUAUUCACCAAUGGAGACAUUUUCAGUUGUCACAAGUUGUGGGAGGGAUGUCGGACACUGCUGGCAUCUAGUGGGUAGAGGCCAGGGGUGCUGCUAAAACCUUCCACCUAAGCACAGGACAGCCUCCCACAGUGCGACAGGGAAUGAUCCAGCCCCCAAAGUCAACAGUUAAUCACUUUAAAGAGGGGGGACAAAGUCACAGGGCAGCCUGAAACUUCGGUCCUUCUCUCUUUGUUUUCCUGCCUACAAAGCCAGCAUUUCCCUGCAUGCCAUCAACAUCAGUGCAGUGACAUGUAAUAUGUUACAGGCGACUGCUAAGCUUGCACAUUUGUUAGGUCGUUUAGUCCCCAUGACAACCCUGUCAAGUUGGUCCUCUUUUUUUUUUUUUUAAAUGGCGGUACUGGGGAUUGAACCCAGGACCUUGUGCAUGCUAAGUAUACCCUUUACCACUGAGUUAUACCCUCCCCCCAUGUUGGUCCUCUUCACACCCCCAUUUUACAGAUGAGGAAACUAAGUCACAGACUGGUUAAGCAACUUACCCUCGGUCACAUGGCGAUACUAAUACAGUUGUUAUUCAGCUGUAACUAACUCUUAUGGAGAACCUAGUAUGUAGCAGGCCCUGCAUGAGGCUGUUGAAUCCUCAUAACAAGCGAAGGUAGCAGUUGGUCCCAUUUCUCCUCCAUGUAGUGGAGGAGGAAAAUGUCUCUUGCUUGAGGUCACCCAGCUAAGCAGGCCUGGGAGCUCAAUUUCCUCUCCAUUCAUUGGAGGAGAGACAGUAUUUCAGGAGCCUGGUCUCUGUGCCACUCAGUGUUCCAGGAGCUGGGGAUACAGCCGUAGGCAAAGAGCAAGGUCCCUGCCUGUGGAGAGGCAGCCGUCUCACAGGGAAGAAAGAUCAUAAGCAGAAAAGUGAAUAUACCAGGUCAUGUCCAGGAGUGAUGUGUGUGCUACAAAGAAUGAUAAAGCUGACUGAGGGGAUGGACGGGGCUGAGGGGCGGAUCUUUAGAACAAGAUGGCCAGGGAAGAGACAGAGGAGGUACAGGCAGAGGGGACUGCAAGGCCCACGAAGGGACUGUGUCAGGGUGCUCAAGGACCAGAGAAGAGGCCAGUGCAGUUGCGUGGUGCCUGAGAGGCUGAGAGUGCUGGCAGGAUCCGGAGCACGCAGGGCCUCGAGGGCUGCGGUGAGGACUUUGGUCUUGACCCUAACUGAGAUGGAAGCCAAAGGAGGGCUCCAAGCAGAGGACGGAUGUGAUCUGACUUGGGUGUUAACAGAGUCCCUCUGGGUGUGUCUGGGGACAGACUAGCAGGUGAGGAAGGUGAGAGUGGGAUACUGGUGAGGAGUUGACAUCAGUAGUCCAGGCCUAUGCAGUGAUGGUGGCUGGACCAAGAUGCUGGCAGUGGAGCAAGUGAGACAUGUUACGUUCAGCCAGGAUAAUGCAGACUCCACUGGCCAUUCCUGUGCCUGUGCUCCGGCUCCCUCGGGGCCCUGAUGGCUUGAGCCGAGGUUUUGCCCCCGAUGGACGCAGAGCCCUCCUGAAACUGGAGGUUCCUGAAAUCCCGGAGUCUCCUGUAGAUCAAGAAUCACGGGAAUCCCAGGAACAGCGGGCCCGGGCUGUCCUUCGGGAGCGCUACCUCCGAAGCCUGCUGGCCAUGGUGGGUCGCCAGGUGAGCUUCACAUUGCACGAGGGUGUGCAUGUGACCGCCUACUUCGGAGCCACCGACCUGGACGUGGCCAACUUCUAUGUGUCGCAGCUGCAGACUCCGAUAGGUGUGCAAGCUGAGGCGCUGCUUCGCUGUAGUGACAUUAUUGCAUAUACCUUCAAGCCAUAAAGAUGGAAUCAUGUUCAUCUUUCCACCUUGGGUGUAGCCACAGUCUCCUAGGGCUCCGUGUGCUCAUGAACUUGGAACUCUGGGCCUCAUAGAGUUCUGAAUUCCUUUGGAAUUUUGAGCCAAGCUCCAAGCAUCUCUGGCUUCUUGGGACCUCUGGGGUGUAAGUCAGUAAAAUUCUGCAACCCCAGGAGUUCUAGAUCCUGUUGAAAGGAAUGCUCUACCUCACAGAACUCUAAACUCUACAGAUAUAUGGGCCUCAUGACAGUUCCUGAAGACUGGGGUUGGGGGUGGGGCAGGGAGGGAGAGAUAAAGGAAGGCAAAUUGUUUAGUGGGAAACUGUGUGUUGAAGUUCAGACACCCUGAAAAUAUUCCCCAAUAUUCCCCUCCUGCCAAAGAACCCAUUAUCCCAGGAAAA